AUGGAGCGUAAAGUAAAGCCAGACACAGCUGAUGAUCCGUUUGGUGACGCUCCCAUUGAUCUCGACUGUGAAACUGCUUUCUGUGAACGACUUUCCAGUGAAAGUCCUUCCAUUCAACUGCUGGGCGUGGCAGAGGUCCACAGGGUCGCACUCGUGGUGGUGUACGCGGCGGAUUCGUCGGUAGAGGACGAGGUAAUGGUCUUAAAACGCUCAUGGCAAGGCAGGGUCAGCGAUCCUGGACAAUUGCUGACAGCAAGUUAUUCUCUUGAAACACUGAUGGCUGUAGAAUUUUCUUCCGAUAUAUCCUUGGAACAGCUUGCUGAUGAGAUAGCAAAAGCUAUGGGUGAACGCGAUCCUAGGACAGUGAAAAGCAUCGUUCGCGCCUGCGGGAUAGACAAGGCCAUAGCUCUUUUUGAAGAGAUGCGAAAGGUCGAAUCAACAGGCGGAAUGAUGACUGAAAAUGGACAGCGAAGACGUACACCUGGUGGUGUCUUUAUUUCUUUGUUCAAACUGGAUGCGGACGUCCCUGAGGACGUAAAGAAAAAAGUCUUCGAUGAAACUAAACAGGAGACACGAAAAAUGUUACGUGCUCGCCGGAAAGGUCGCAACAACUUUGCAACUGAUGUGGCUAAGUUGGCGGAGUUGAUGAAGAAGGAGAAAGAAAAGAGCACCGGAGAUGAAGCAGCGGGCGAAGAUUCUCAGUCUCUAAAACCGUUGCCUUCUGUAGAAGAAGUGGUGCUCCAGAAGCAGGCCUCAGAGGCUAUAAUGGUUGAGUGCGAUUCGGAUGAGGCUCGUCCAAAGGCGGGAGUUCGACGAAGAAAUGCAGUCAUUGGAAGAGAAUUGUUCAAGGACAGAAGUUGA